AGAAGAAUUCCUCGAUUCAGCUUUGAGAGGUUCCGUUUAGUGACCGAGGGUGUUUGUUUAGCGUCGAAAGGCCGUCCUCGGGUAAUCGCACUCCUCUUGGUUGUUUGAGACAAAAGGUCUUGGACCCAGAACUUGGGCUUUGAUCCCUGGCCAUCGGGACAAUGUCCAAGCGUCCUUGAGCAAGAUAGUUACGCCCCACCCGGUUGGUCCUGAUGUUGUGUCAUCAGUCGAGGAAAACGGUGUUCAAGCGCUUCGAGUCACCGACGGUAGAAAAGCAAGUCCAGGCCCGUUCACUGAGAGAGAGUCCAGUCGCCUCGGUCUUCCAGGUGAUGAAUCAUCCUGUACGUCCGUGGGAAUUUUGUUUUUAAGGUGUACCGCCUUCAACCACCAAGAAGAGUCCAGUUUUUCAGUUUAUGGUACUCCACAAAAGUUGAAGUCUGCAAGCGUCGCUUGCCUCGAUGAGACCGAGAUGACUCAUUCAACAAAGCUCCCGAGCUGGACUUUGUCCAAUAAGCACAAAAGAUGAAGGCGGCCGACGAGCCCGCCUACCUGACCGUGGGCACCGACGUGAGCGCCAAGUACCGAGGGGCCUUCUGCGAGGCCAAGAUCAAGAUUGUCAAGAGGCUGGUGAAGGUCAAGGUGACUCUGAAAGGGGGCAGCGCCAGCCAGGUGGUCCACGACGAUCAGGUCAAAGGCCCCCUGAGGGUGGGCUCCACGGUGGAGGUGAAGACAAACGAAGGCGUGUGCGGCGAGGGCGUCAUCAGCAAGCUGACGGACGCCAGCCUCUACACCGUCGUGUUUGACGACGGAGACGAGAAGACGCUGCGGCGCUCGUCUCUGUGCUUGAAAGGCGAGCGGCACUUUGCAGAGAGCGAGACGCUGGACCAGCUUCCUCUGACCAACCCGGAACACUUUGGCACCCCGGUCAUCGGAAAAAAAUCCAAUCGCGGGCGUCGCUCUUCGCAGGCCGUGGCGGACGACGAGAACGAGUCGUCGUCCAGCGAGGACGACGAGGAAGACCGCAGGAGGCUGAACGACGACCUUCUGGGAAAAGUCUGCAGCGUGAAGAAGGAGGAGCAGCCCGCCUCCUGCUUCCUGGCGCUGGUGGUGUCUCCCAGCUGCAACGACGAGUUGGUGGUGAAGAAGGAUCAAUGUCUGGUCAGGUCCUUCAGCGACUCCAAGUUCUGCACGGUGGCCAGGAGGAACGUGCACCCCCUCAACUCCAUCAGCAUCAACAAGUCGGAGCUCUCCAACAUGCGCGGCUUUGAAGCGGCUCAGAUAUUUGCGAGGCGCAGGGAGGUGCCAGAGGUUUGGAAGAUGGACAUGAGUCAGAUCUUGGACUCGUCCACCAGCGACGACGACGAUGGCGGCGGCGGCGGCGGCAACGGGGAAGAGAAAGAGAGCGAGGAUGACGACAUGGAUGACGAGGAGAAGAGGAAAAAGAUGCUCAAGGAGGAGCCCGAGGAGGAGGCGGACCCGGAGGAGCGAGAUCACUUCCUGCAGCAGCUUUACAAGUUCAUGGAGGACCGAGGGACGCCCAUCAACAAGCCUCCAGUGUUGGGCUACAAGGACUUGAACCUGUUCAAGCUCUUCCGCCUGGUCUUCCAACACGGCGGCUGUCGCAAGAUUGAGAGCGGCACGGUGUGGAAGCAGAUCUACAUGGAUCUGGGCAUCCCCAUCCUCAACUCGGCGGCGUCGUAUAACGUCAAGACGGCCUACAAGAAAUACCUCUUCGGCUUCGAGGAGUACUGCCGCUCCGCCUGCAUCACCUUCAGGACCAUCCACCACAACAACCCGCGCUCCCCCAAAGCGCACGGCGUUCCCAGGAUGGCCGCCGCCCCCAGGAGCGCCAGGCCCGACUUUGGCGCGCCCGCGUACAAGGAGGAGGAGGAGGAGGAGGAGGAGGAGGAAGACGACAAGGACGCCGAGUCUGAGAGCGACAGCGACAAGGAAGAGCCCAAGGACAAGCAGACCUCCCCCAGGGGUAGGAGGCGAGGCGGCACGGCGGCGACCAAGGCGGAGCCGCCCAACAAGGGAGGAAGCGACAACGGCGACGAGCCCAGAGACGCGCGACGGCGCAGCAGCCGGCGUCUGGACGGCUCCGACCGCGGCUCCGAGGAGGACGACGAUGGCGACGGCGACGACGAGGACGAUGAGGAGGAGGAGGAGCAGGAGGAAGAUGACGAGGAGGAAGAGGAGGAGGAGGAGGAGGAGGAGGAGGACGAUGACGACGAGCGGGAGAGGCGACUGGGAGCCAGGAGCGAGGACGAGGGGGAUGGCGAUGCCCUGACCGGGACCAAGGUGAGAGUGAAGUACGGCCGAGGAAAGACGCAAAAAGUCUACGAGGCUCACAUCAAGAAGACGGACGUCGACAACGGGGAGCACUUCUACCUGGUGCACUAUUACGGCUGGAACGUCAGGUACGACGAAUGGGUGAAGGCCGACCGCAUCAUCUGGCCCGCCGACAAAGGGACCCGGACGAGAACCAGGAAGAAGGUGAAGAACAAAGAGGAGGCGGACAAGGAGGAAGACAAGGCGCCCGCGGCGGGGCCGAUGGCCACGCCUCCCCUGCCGCCGCCCAAGCCUGCGGCGGCCAAGCGAGGGCGCCCCCAGAUCCGUCCCGCGGCCGCCAACGCGCCGCCCGGCCGCAAGACGCCGAGCGGCGAGGGGCGGCCCAACGGGAAGAGCGCCCGAACGGAGACGCCGCCCAACAUGGCCAACGGCGACAACGCGCCGCGCAUCAGGAGGACCAGGAGGACGUCGGGGAUGUACGACUCGGACCGCGCCUCAAACGAGGAUUCCGGGAACUCGACGGUGGACAGCGAAUCGGAAGAGCCGCCCGACAAGAAGCUGUCACCCUGGCGAGGGAGGCCCGAGAAGGAGGAGGGCGGCGAGCAGGGGGAGGGCGGCGCGUCGGAAGUCAAGCGGGGGGAGUCGAGCGAGGCGGCCGGCCCGGCGCAGACCCCGCCCGGCGUGCCGCAGGAGGACGCCGCUCAGGUCGCGAGUCCCUCUAAAGGAGAGGAGAACGCCGCGGAGGAAGCUCUCCAAGUGAAGGACGAGCUGACGGAUGAGCGGGUGGUCGUCGCCGAGGCGGAGAAAGCGUGCCCCGCCUCUUCGCCGGGCGCGCCGCGGGACGACGCUCCUCCUGCGCCGUCGGAAGACCGCGAGACGCCGCCUUCGUCGCCGCCCGCGCUCAAAGUUCCUUCGCCGAAAAUCUCCAGCCCGCCCGCCGCCGGUCCCGAGCCUCCUCCGCCCCCUCCUCGAAGUCUCCUGAAAAGGCCGGAUGAACCCAUGGUGGUCCUGCACUGCCUCCCCACACCGCGCCUCCACCCGGAACCUGCGACGGUGGCGCCGUCGGACACCGACUCCGCCAGUGAGGAGGAAGAGGAAAAAGCAGAGCUGAAGCUCCAGCCCGAAAGGAAGCGAGAAGAGGUUACGCCCGCCUCCCCAAAGUCUUCGGCGAGCCCCGCCAAGGUCGGCGCCGGCGCGUCACCCGAGUCCCUCCCGUCCCCGCUGCGCGGCGCAGAGGCGGAACGGAGGAGCCACAGAGCGGCGAGGGCGGACGAGGUGCAAGGGCGGGUCGACGAGGACUCCAAGGAAGGGCCUGCGGAGGAGCCGAGGACCCCGCCCCGGGCCCGGGAGGCCCAGGAGGCCCUCGGCCCCGUCCCGAGCGAAGAGCCGCAAAUGGGCGCCGAGGCGUUACUUUGCUACGAGGUAGACCUGGACGACCCAGAGGACAAGGACAAGCCCUCCUCUUCCUCGGAGCCCCUCCUCCUCAUCUCGAGGGUGCAACCCCCCCGGUCGCCGUCGCCCCCCCGCGGCCCCUUCCUCCUGGACGCCGCCUCCGGCAGCCCCCCUUGUCCCGAGGAGCUCGGCCCGGCCCGUCUCGACCCCGAGACGGCGGCGGGCGGAGAGAAGGAGGCGGACGCCCGGUCCGGUCCGGAUGUCGACGUGUCGCAGGAGGCCCGAGGUCAGAAGCGUCUGUUGCAGUGUCAGGUGAGCCCCGCCUCCAAGAAACAGAAACGCAACCACAAGCGCGCCGGCGGAAGCACCAAGACCGACAAGAACGGCACAGGUCACAGCAGCGACAGCGAGGACCAGUCGCGUCUUUCGUCUUUGCCAAAGUCCAACAAGUCUCGCUGUCCCGGUGUCGGGUCGCCGCACGCCAAAGAGAAACCUAGCGCCGCGUCCCCGCAGCGAGCCAACAAGUGGACCUUCCAGCUCGACUCCCUGGACAGCAUGUCGAGCAGCGAGAGGAUCUCCUUCCUGCAGGAAAAACUGCAGGAGAUCAGGAAAUACUACAUGAGCCUCAAGUCCGAGGUGGCGUCCAUCGACAGACGCAGGAAGCGCUUAAAAAAGAAGGAGCGGGAAGUGUCCAACACCACGGCGUCCACGUCGUCGGGUUCUUCGGACGCGGCGAUGAGUCCGUCCUCUGCCUCGCCCGCUCAGAGCACCCUGGCCGUGGAGUGCAGGUGAUGACGCGUGCCCCCGCCCGGGGAGGACGGACGGACGGAGGCACGCCGCCCAACUGACUGACCGAUGCUCAGAUGCAGCGGGGACACGACGGACCACAGAAAAGGACUGACUUGCUGUGAAACGCUUGAGCAGCCGCAGAGCAUUACCCCCCCCCCCCCCAAACCUCCUGCCUUUACUCACUGUCAACUUCCUACUUUGGUCCUUAUUUCUUCACUUUUUUUCAUUCUUCACUUCUUGACGCAUCACUUUUAUUUAUUAUUAUUAUUUUUUUACUUAACUGUCGCCAUCCACUUCCUUCCUUUUCCCCCCUCUCGGCUCACCUGGGAUUUGUCUGAGCCCCUUUGGAGGGAGAGGUCACAGUUCAGGGGGAGGAGCCAAAGCAGCUGCUUAUGCAAAUGAUUUGACGCCAGAUUUUGAAGUCCAGUAAAAAAAAAAAAAUGAUUUUUUAAAAAAACUUUUUUCUAUAAAAUUAAAGCUUAUAUUUUAGUAAGAAAAAACAGGAAAACGGAUAAAUAAAGGUGUUUUGUUUUUGUGUUGCGUUGCAGUGAGGAAGUUUUGAGUUAAAAAUGAGGACUUUGAUUGCGUUUAUUUCUGACCAAUGACAAAAAAAAAAAAAAAAACUCUUCCUCGCAGAUAUUUUGUGGCCCGCUCGCUUCUUGCCAUUUCCUGUUUUGCUCGUGGACUUUUGUGUACAUAAGAUGACAAGCGAAAAUGUAAAGAAUGAUUUAUAAUAUUUUUAUGAGAAGACUUUGUUACGCUUCUGUCAGCUGCCAAGAAAACACUUCCUGGAUGCCGCAGCGCCCAUUUCCAAUAAAGUUCUUAAAUAUC